GACGAUUGGAAUUGGCUUUUUGGGGGGGGGUUGUCCUUCAUGUUUGAACCAAAGAAUGCACCUCCUUCGAUAGUGUGCUGGUGUCUGCUCUGCUUCGCAUUUAUUUCCAUUGCUUGUGCCUUCUCACCAUCUUCUGUCACCACAGGAUACCCUUAAAGUUUUCCCAGCAGACUCCUUGAGGGCUGGUCCAUGGCUCCCUAAGCCCGGCUGCCCAAGGGCUCUACCAUGAGGCACUGCAUCGAUUGCUGCAUACAGUUGUUUCCUGAAGACACACACAAACAGCAAGUUGCCUGCCAAGGAGGUCCCCAUCACAGUCAUCAGGUGUGCCCCACUUGCAAAGGAGAAAACAAAAUUCUGUUUCGUGUAGACAGUAGGCAGAUGAACUUGCUUGCUGUUCUCGAAGUGAGGACGGAGGGCAAUGAGAACUGGGGUGGGUUUCUGCGCUUCAAGAAGGGGAAGCGAUGUAGCCUGGUGUUUGGAUUGAUAAUCAUGACCUUGGUGAUGGCUUCUUAUCUCCUUUCUGGGGCUCACCAGGAGCUUCUAAUUUCAUCUCCUUUCCAUUACGGGGGUUUCCCCAGCAACCCCAGCUUGAUGGACAGUGAGAACCCAAGUGACAUGAAAGAGCAUCACUACCAACCUUCUAUAAAUAAUAUCUCCUAUGUGAAGGACUAUCCAAGCAUUAAACUAAUUAUCGACAGCAUCGCUGCCAGGAUUGAGUUUACAACCAGGCAGCUCCCUGACUUACAAGAUCUCAAGAGGCAAGAGUUGCACAUGUUUUCUGUAAUCCCCCAUAAAUUCCUUCCGAACAGCAAGAGCCCCUGUUGGUAUGAGGAAUUCUCUGGGAGGAACACCACUGACCCCUACUUGACAAAUUCCUACGUGCUCUAUUCCAAGCGGUUCCGCUCCACCUUUGAUGCCCUACGAAAAGUCUUCUGGGGUCACCUGUCACAUGUGCAUGGCAAACACUUCCGCCUGCGCUGCCUGCCACACUUCUAUAUCAUUGGGCAGCCCAAGUGUGGAACUACUGACCUUUAUGACCGCCUUCGGCUGCAUCCAGAAGUGAAAUUCUCGGCCAUAAAGGAGCCCCAUUGGUGGACUCGGAAGCGCUUUGGAAUUGUCCGCCUGAGGGAUGGACUGCGAGACCGCUACCCUGUGGAAGAUUACCUGGACCUCUUUGACUUGGCUGCACACCAGAUUCACCAAGGACUGCAGGCUGCCUCUGCAGAGGAGCAGAGCAAGAUGAACAAAAUCAUCAUUGGAGAGGCCAGCGCCUCUACAAUGUGGGAUAACAAUGCCUGGACCUUCUUCUAUGACAACAGCACAGACGGGGAGCCACCAUUCCUGACCCAAGACUUCAUUCAUGCCUUUCAGCCCGAAGCCAAGCUCAUUGUCAUGCUCAGGGACCCUGUGGAGAGACUGUACUCAGACUAUCUCUACUUUGCAAGUUCAAAUAAGUCUGCAGACGACUUCCAUGAAAAGGUGACGGAGGCUCUACAGCUGUUUGAAAGCUGCAUGCUGGAUUAUUCCCUGCGCGCCUGUGUCUACAACAACACCCUGAACAAUGCCAUGCCCGUGAGGCUCCAGGUUGGGCUGUACGCUGUGUACCUUCUGGACUGGUUAACUGUCUUUAAAAAGGAACAGUUCCUCAUUCUACGCCUGGAAGACCACGCGUCCAAUGUCAAGUACACCAUGCACAGGGUCUUCCACUUCCUAAACCUGGGGCCUCUAAGUGAGAAGCAGGAAGCUUUGAUGACCAAGAGCCCUGCGUCAAACACACGGCGUCCUGAGGACCGUAGCCUGGGACCCAUGUGGCCAGUCACCCAGAAGAUCCUGCAGGACUUUUACGGGCCUUUCAACACUAGGCUAGCACAGGUACUGGAUGAUGAAGCAUUUGCCUGGAAGACAACGUGAGCGCUGAGUCCCUUCUGCUGGAGCUGGGCCUGACCGACUCUGUCAUUGUCAUGACUUUAAAAGUCUCCUGGUGGAGAACUGUCACCUGCGGUGUGGAGAAAACCACUGGUGCCCCGUCCUCUCCUCUCAAGGCAAUAGUUCAUUGAAACUAUGUUGACAUUUUUCUUGCCAUCCUCAGCAGCUCUGCUCUUAAUCACUGGGCUCUUCCACCUGAAGCCUUGGAAAGUACACUGGGGUUAGGCUUCUGUCUGUUCCCAGAGUGCCUUGGAGCUUAGGAAGACAGGCUGGCACCCAGUGGGUAGGAAGAGGAGGCUUUGGAAAGCCACAGACCAGCCUUAACUCCUACCUCCAGGAGAGCUUGUCUGGGUGUAGGUUGGACAGCUCUGGGAUCCGAUUAAGUCCAAGUUCACUAGAGGCCGUGGUUUGGGGCUUGCUGGAACCACCCCUUCCUGUGUUAUUUCCCAGUGCACCUUGUGUAAAUGGCUAACCCCAACUAGCAGAGAACGAAGCUGCUUGGAGAACGGAGGCCCUUUUCAUUUUUGUUCAUGCUCUCAAGUUAGCCCUUCAGUGACAUCAGAAAUAAGCUCUGUUCCCUUUGCUGUGCCCAAAGGAAAACAAAAUGUCGGCUUUUGGCAGCACACUCAUUUCUCUGAUCUCCUGUUCUGCCCCUGUAGACUUUAUUUAUGCCCAGGAUAGAGAAAGAGCACUCUUAAAACAAACUGCGUCUUGACUUUGACUGGCCCUGCUUCUCUUUUCUGCUCCUUUGGAUGUUUUCUCAAAGAAUUCAGUUUAUAUUUUGAAAGGGAUGUUUUGCUGUUAACGCCAGAAUAGAGAAACCUCAAGGCAUCGAACAGUUGGCGGGAAAGGAAGUGAAGCCCUCACCAUGUGUGGAAGGUCACCAGAGAGCUCAAGAUGCUUCAGUUUUUGGUUCUGGUUGGUUGCAGGCUUCCUCCCUCCAUCUUCCUGUUAGAAGAAUCUUUUAUCUAUGUUCUUUGUCAUGUAUGGCCAAAGAUCGGUCCUCACUAAGGAUCUCAAGACACGUGUGUCCUCAGAAACACAUCUCACAGACUAAGCUUGGGCUAUAUGCAGUGUGUGGUGACAAGGAGAUAGCUUUGUCUUUCUGGGCCUUUCCAGGCCUUUUAGGAACUUGGCUUGCAACGAAUAAGCUAAAGGUCUCGUCAUAACCAGAGAGAACAGCUUAAGCCCAUUGACACAUAGGGUCAGGCGGGAGUGUCACAAAGCUUUUCACUGGAGCAUUGCCAAGGGAUGCUCCCUGUGAAGCUGUGUCCUCAGGUCAGGAUCCUGUCUACCAACAUCAGAAAGUGUACACACUACAUACUCAACUGUCCCUUGACCGUGUGAGAAAAGCUGGGCGUUUGUGGCGAGCCCUUCUGCUACCCACUCUUGUUGGAGACGGAACUCUCAACCCAUGGGAAGGUUCAGAGAGCUAUCAGCAUGGCCUGGGCCAGUUCUGCUACUGAAGGGGCUGUGUGUCUAGAAGUCUCCAUUCCAGGACAAUUCCCCUAUUCUCACAGCCAGUGGGGAAAUCUUGCCUGAGUACAAGGAUGCGGAGAGAGAGGAAGAGAGACAGAGAGAGAAA